GUUAGUUGCUCGUAUUUCAAUUUCAAAAUCAUCAAUUUAUAAGAACCUAAUGCCAUUUAUUUAAAUCAAUCCAUUAAUCUUGCCAACUUAAAUACACAAAGACAACCCCACCAUCUUUGUAGUCUAAGAUGUGCUUCCAAAACCAUUAUCGCCUAGCUAUAAUAUAUGUGUCUGCCUUAGCUAUUGCCAAACAACAUUUAUAAAUUAUCUCACUAAUUUGGAUCUGUAAGGCCGAAAGUCUAUUCUAACACUUGCCAUCACUCAAAACAAAGAACAAAUCAAACUCCUCUUUAUUCCCAACCAAAUCCCAACUUUGUUUUUUGUUGGUUUCAAUUUUUUUUUUUCAUCCCUUUGUUGGGAAUAAAGUUGGAAGAGGGUCCUUAAGAAAAAAGGGCAAUUUUUUGGUGUAUAAAAUUAUCGUUUUCACAAUCCAAAAAUGGCUAUUCAAGCUCAGAUGUAUUCAGGUUUUGGCUUUGGGGGCUCUCAAGGUUAUUUGAUGGACAAUUCUUGUGCGUUAAAUUUCACACCUCAACAGCAGAAAUUGCAGGAUGAACAACAAUCGAUGCAGAGAGUACCACCACCACCAUUUAUGUCGAGGUACAACAUGGAUGAUCAGCUCUCAGGGGCAUUUUAUCAAACAGUUUGUGCUCAGUUUGACAACCAAAGAAACGAAAUCGAGCUGUUCAUCAGUUCACAGAACGGGAGAUUGAGAAUGGCGGUGCAAGAGCAGAGGAGACAGCAGACGACACAGUUCAUGAAGAAAUACGAAUCGAAGAUCCAAAAUAUAAUCAGGCAAAAAGAUGAAGAAAUCGAAAAGGCCGGGAAGAGGACGGUGGAGCUCCAGGAUUACCUAAGGAGGAUGGAAAUCGAGAGGCAGACAUGGCAGAGGGCGGCGAGGGAGAGCGAGGCGGCGGCGGCGUCGCUGAGCAGCACGAUCAACCGGCUGAGGGAAGAAACCCCCGCCGGCGGCGCGGCCGGAGACGCCGAGUCGUGCUGCUGUCCUGGAGACGGCGAUGGAUUUGGGAAACUUUGGAAUUUGGAGGGGAAAAUGAUUUGUCAGAGGUGCAAUGUUAGGGUUUCGUGUGUGAUUAUGCUGCCUUGCAAGCAUCUGUGCUCGUGCAGGGAUUGCGAGGCGUUGCUUGAGUCAUGCCCUGUUUGUAAGGUGGUGAAACGAGCAAGUAUAGAGGCUUUGAUUUAAAUUAUUAAUUUAAUUGUUUUUUCUUAUUUUUUUCUUCUUCAAUUCGCCCUUUAAAAAAAAAAAUAUUGAGGUUGAUGUGAUGAAGAUGGAGGGCUCCUUUUUAAAAUUAUCUCUCAAGAAGAGCUUAUAAAAACGAGUUGCUCGUGAGUUCGGAUAGGAUCAUUUGAUAAAUAAGUCAAAUUCGAGCUGGUUUAGUUAACAUGUCGAAUUGGCUCAUUAGGAUUUUGAAAAUGAAAUUUUUUAUGUAUUGUUUGACUCGAGUUUAGUUUGAAGGCUCGAACUCAAUUUGUUAAUAUUUUAUAAUUGAGUUGAACUCGAGGUUCGCGUUUAGUUAACGAGUCGAUCCCGACUAGACUCGAUCAAGGCUCGAGUAUCAUAAUAUCAGAAGCUCGAGCUUGUCUCGUUU